UCUUCCUCCUCCUCCUCUUCCGCUACUGCAGCAGUAAAACCCGGUGUCUCCUGCAUCCAUGAAGAGAUCCCCCCUCCACGGCACCUCCCCCGCCACGAUGGGCCGCGAGCAAUUAACUGCGUUGAUGUGUUGAUAUUGAGAUAUUUCAGUUAUCAAAUAUGAAUCAUGCAUUUGAUAUUUCUGGCCACUUUGCUCGUCAGCAUCCUUUUGCCUUGGCUUCAUCCAUCUCUAGCUUCACUCGAGGUUCAAGGAGUAGAGGACAAGGUUGAGAGGGACGCAGUGUCGGCUCUGCUGAAGCAACAGGCAACUGCAGCACCCACCACAGACAACACAACACACCAUGCAGUAGAGCAUGUGAUCACCUACCCCUCUCGGUUGAUCUACUACCUAAACGAGGACUCUGAGAGUACCUACCAUGACCUGAACACCCAUGCUAAGAACCAAGCUUCAGAGGGCCAGGCAGUCCACCUAGCCCAAGUUAGUUUCCAGUUAGAGGCAUUUGGCUCCAGAUUUGUUCUAGAUCUGUCUCUUAACAAUGACUUGCUGUCUUCAGAUUAUGUUGAGAUCCACUAUGAAGGAGAGAAACCUGUUAUAUCAAAGGGCGGUGAGCACUGUUACUACCACGGCCAGGUGAGAGGGAACGAUAACUCCCACGCAGCCUUAUCUACCUGUAACGGUUUGCAUGGGAUGUUUGACGAUGGAGUCCAUGUGUAUCUAAUUGAGCCCUUACAACAGAAUCAUUCAAGUGAUACAGCUGCUAGGCCUCACAAACUAAGAAGAGCAGCCUCUUCUUUGUGGGAUGAUGAUUCAGUGGAGCAGGAGGAAGAGGAGGAGCAGCUCUUCUCCGAGCUGGAUGAACUGUCCUGGCUGAGGCGCAGGAAAAAGCGAGCAAUGCCUCGCAGCGUAUUUGAGGAGAUGAAGUAUUUAGAAGUCAUGAUUGUCAGUGACCACAGUAUGUUUAAACGACACAGGAACAAGCAGCACACGAGGAACUUUGCCAAGUCAGUAGUUAAUCUUGUGGAUAGUAUCUUCAAAGAGCAACUCCAUACACGUGUGGUGCUUGUUGCUGUGGAGAUUUGGACAGACAGGGAUCACAUCCCCAUAAGUGUGAAGCCGCUGGAACUGCUGCGUGAUUUCUCCAAGUACCGGCAGCAAAGCAUCAAGCACCAUGCCGAUUCUGUGCAGCUACUCUCAAACGCCACCUUCCACUACCGCAGAAGCAGCACUGCGUACUUUGGAGGCAUGUGUUCUGUGAGCCGUGGAGUAGGCGUCAAUGAGUACGGCACCACCUCGUCCAUGGUAGUGUCUCUUUCCCAGAGCCUGGCACAGAACUUGGGCAUCCAGUGGGAUCCGGCAUCCAAGAGAAAGGAAUGCGGCUGUACUAGCCAGUGGGCUGGCUGCAUAAUGGAGGAUACUGGAGUCCAACACCCACAAAAAUUCUCCAAAUGCAGCAUCUCAGACUACAAGGAGUUCCUCCUGAAAGGUGGAGGUUCUUGUUUGUUCAACAGGCCAACCAAGCUGUUCGAGGCAGCAAAUUGUGGGAAUGGAUUUGUAGAACUGGGAGAGGAGUGCGACUGCGGACUGAGAACAGACUGCCAAAAGGAAUGCUGCAAGAAGUGCUCCCUCGCCAAUGGGGCACACUGCAGCGAUGGACCAUGCUGCAAUAAAACAUGCUUGUUCUACCCACGAGGUUACAGCUGCCGCUAUGCUGUGAACGACUGUGACAUCUCAGAGACCUGCUCUGGGGACUCGGGACAGUGCCCGCCAAACCUUCAUAAACAAGAUGGUUACAUCUGCCAGGUAAACCAGGGUCGCUGUUACAGUGGAGAGUGUAAGACCAGAGAGAACCAGUGUAAAUACAUCUGGGGAUCAAAGGCUGGAGGCUCGGAGAAGUUCUGCUAUGAGAAGCUGAACACGGAGGGGACAGAGAAGGGCAACUGUGGAAAAGAUGGAGAAAAAUGGAUCCAGUGUAGCAAACAUGACGUGUUCUGUGGUUUCCUUUUGUGUACCAAUGUCGGGCGUGUCCCUCGCAUUGGGAGCAUGAAAGGAGACAGUACCCCCACCUCCUUCAACCACCAAGGGAACGUCAUACAGUGCACGGGUGCCCACGUCCUUUUGGAUGAUGAAACUGAUUUAGGCUACGUGGAGGAUGGGACUCCCUGUGGGCCGUCAAUGAUGUGCCUUGACCGCAAGUGUCUGCCCAUCCAGUCACUUAACAUGAGCACCUGCCCCAUUGGACCUAACGGACAUGUGUGCUCGGGCCAUGGGGUAUGCAACAAUGAAGCCACAUGCACCUGUGACACCACCUGGGCCGGGACAGACUGUAGCAUGCCUGACCCGCCUAAAGAGCCCGAUGUCACUCCAGAAGAAGAACCCAAGGGUCCUAGUGCCACCAAUCUAAUAAUAGGCUCCAUCGCCGGAGCCAUCCUUGUGGCUGCCAUAGUGCUGGGGGGGACUGGAUGGGGCUUUAAAAAUGUGAAGAAACGGCGGUAUGACCCCAAUGCCACAGCCAUUUAACCCAAGGAGAAGAUGGCAAUCACACAGGGACUGCUCCAAGGCUUCCUUAGUUGGCUACCUGACAGCUGGACUGCACUUACUGCUGCUGAUUCUUUGGCAUUAGAUUUACUUGAAAAAGACAUAGUGGACAUUUUAACAAAUUUCCAUCGUAGUGACAUUAUAAAUGCAGCCUUUUUCAACUACACCUCACCCACGCCCCUCCACCCUGAUCUCCAGAGUGACAGAGCUCCUCUUUCCAUCCUUUAGUGCCAGUGCACAGGCGUUCAGGCGGAAUCCACACCACUCUCUCACCUGGCAUGAAUAAAAUCGAAACAAAACCUGCUGCUUGCUGGCCCGCCCGACCCCCACCCAACCCGCCCGCGCCCGGCAUGAAGAGCCUUCUCUGCGGGGCUCUGCAUGGCUACCAAAGCUAUGAAUAUACUGCAAAAAUAAAAAAGAAGAAAAAAGAAAACACAGAAAGAGGAGAAAAAAAGCGCAGGAGAGAGCCUCAUUAAAAACCAAACCCAGUGACAAGCCUGUUGAAGCUCCUGUUGAAGCAGAACUUCAUGUGAGGACCUAUAAGGGCAAUGCAGGCCAUGUAGUGAAUGCGCACACACACACAUACACACAUGCACACACCACUGUACAUAUUUAAGGAGUUCAGGGUUGGAAUUGACAGCAUAUUUUCCAAGGACAUCAAAUGCUUUUGUUUUUUAUCUUAACAUCUUGUAUAGCGGGUGUUUUUGGUAAUGUUAUUAAAAUAAAAAACAAACAAACUGAGACUAGGAUUUGGGCCAAAAUGGUUAGAGAAGAAAAUCUAAAGUCAGAUUUGAGGACAGAGAGAGAAAGCUGUGGUGUCGAGGAGAAGCGCGUCAUUUCCGGAGAGAUUCAGACUGUGAUCCGAUUUAGCCCCCUGUUUUUGAAGUAUCUUCAACACUGACUCAAAAGCCAAAGAACCAAUCACCCGAACAUGUGGAUGUUGUUGCACACGGAGCACUUUCCCCUCUGUCUGCAGCCAGUGGUGCCUCUCAUGCUGAGGGCAUGAAGUCUGUCCAUGCAGGCGCUCACGUGUCCGGCCAGGUCUCACUUAACAGUCCUCAUCAACACCCACUAUACUGGCUUAAGCCUUUUUGCUCUCAUAAACUCUUAGUAGAAAUCAAGUUCAGCUCUACAGGUAAUGCUGCAUGCAAAUCACUAUAGUGGGCUUAUAAUUCUAUAUGGGAGUCCCCAAAAUCUGCAAGGAAAAUAUGCUACAAAAGAUAGGUGCAUGUCAACAAUAAAAAACAUUUAACUUUUAUUUACUAUGCAAAGAAAGAUAUUGCACAAAAGUAUGGGUAAUAGUGAUAUCGGUGUAGACAUGGUUUUACAAAAGGAAAAAAAAAAACAACCUCUGCUAAUCAGCUAAUCUUUUGUAUUUGGCCACUCCUAUGUCUCCUUUCAUUUCGCUUCAGUGUACUCAACCUGUGGAUGGACAAGUAAAGAAAUCAUCAAAAUAACUGAAUUAGUAUUUCAGAGGAUAAGAGAGAGAGCACCCUUUUACAUUUAUGGAACUGAAAAUCAUUUUUGUGUGUUUUUCAUCCAGACAGAUAUUUUUAAUCACACACACACACACACAUACACACUUAUACACACACACACACACUCUGUAUGGUGCCUGUACAUAUCGAGGCCUGAACAGUUUCCUUGUGCAGGGCUAUCAUUUCCAGUCCAGCUGAUUGUUGGUGUAUUCCAGGUGCUGCCAUAGCACUGGCAUCGUUGUAAUCCUCCAUGUUAAUCAUUGUCUGGUGUCCCUCUCUCACUGCAUUAUGUACAGUUGGACUGAUUAAUAAACUACGGACAAAUUUUA